GAGGCUCAGAAUGUUGAAUAGCAUGGGUGCCUACCCACAUGUUGACAUUACCAAGUGAAUUGAAAUCUGGUGUCAUGGUGGUCCCUGUCCGACCAAAGUUCAGAAAUUAUGCUUCGUGUGUGCCGCUGGGCUAGUGUCUGUACAGAGAUACCCAACGUAAUGUCUCUCCGUACGGAGUGAAUUAUUAAUUACCAAACACAACGCCUUCACGUAUAGCUCGCGAUGUCACGCCAACAUUACUCAGUCUCCUGCACCGUCGUUAAGGUGACGCGAAGACACGUUUAGUCGUGCACACGUUGCGCUUCGCUGGCUCCAAGUCGUUAAUUUAAGUGCCCUAAGAUGGAGGAAUAUGACCGAGAAAGUACAAGAUCGGAAUUGUGGAGUAAGGAUGUGACGAUGUCCAGCAACGAUGAGCUAGACAAGCCACCCGAGGGCGCCCUAACCUCCGCGCAGUCGCAGCCCGCCUUGGACCGACACAAGAGACGGAGUCUCUGGAAAAGUUUCAAGAAGAAGACCAACCCGGUCCGACGGUGGCACUCCUUCCGCAACACCCGCGACCGCCAAUCAACGGAGGACGUGGGCGGGUCCUGUCUGUCAUUCAGCCAAUCAGAGCUGUCGCAGGACUCGGACUCGGACUACACCUCGCUCCCGCGGGGGUCCAGUCUUCCUUCCAAGAACACCUGUCACAGCGAGACGGAUUUAUCGGCGAUGAUGAACGGGGGUUUGAAAAAGAGCAGAAGAAACGCGAAGAAGAAAAGUCUCUCGUUUGAGGAUCAGAAACUUCACCGUAAAGCUAAAGGAACGGCAGCGAAGAAAGAAGAAGUUGAAAUAUCACGACUUGAAGAAUCACCGACAGUCAUACGGCAGAGGCUGCUAGAAAUCAAGAAAUCGCAGGAGUCCCAAGAGUCGGCCAACCCAACCCGAGAAUCGGCGACGUCAGACGAGUCGGUGCAGAGUCCAAACAGCGUCGAUGAAGGGUACAUACCUAGCCCCGGUGGGCCGGACUCGACGCUGAACACCAACAGUAACAGCUCGGUUAACGGGAUCAUGCCGGAGAUGGAACGUCUCGGCAACGACCUCCCCGUGACGGUCUUACCGGUGGGGGAAGUCGCUCAAUCGUGGCAGACGCUAGCUCAACAGUAUAACUUCUUCCAGUUGGAGGUUCAUCUCAAGGAGGGAGUCGAUCUUGCCAUUCGAGACAGAAGCGGUACGAGCGAUCCUUAUGUCAAGUUUCGUAUCGCAGGCAAGACAGCGUACAAGAGCACCAUCAUCUACAAGAAUCUCAAUCCAAAAUGGGACGAGAAAUUCACGCUUCCAAUCGACGACAUCAACAAGCCCUUGGAUAUCUUCGUUCUGGAUCGAGAUCGGGGCUUCGCCUCCGACGAUCCGAUGGGGUCGGUUAGGAUCGACCUGAUGUCGUUGGAACCAGAAUGUUUGAAUGAGAAGAAACUGGAGUUGAAGGAGGCGAGCAGUGUGGAGUUUCUCGGCCACAUCUUGGUCGACUUCAUCAUCUCGCCGGUCAAACGGCCCGAAGACAAGGAGAGCAUCCGGGCAAACACGUUAUCAAAACGACGGAAAAGCGAGAACCCGUCCGGUUCCCGGAAGGUGAAAUCGCAGCUCUGGAACGGCAUCGUAACAAUCACGCUCUUGGAAGGAAAGAAUCUAAUCCCCAUGGACGACAACGGUCUGAGUGAUCCCUACGUCAAAUUCAAACUUGGCAGCGAAAAAUACAAAAGCAAGACAGAAAAAGGUACCCUGAAUCCCAAAUGGAUGGAGCAGUUUGACGUGAGGCUGUUUGAGGACCAGACUAAUACGUUGGAGAUCUCCGUUUGGGAUAAGGAUGUCGGUUCAAGGGACGACAUCAUGGGCAGGAGUCAGAUUGAUAUAUCUGCCUUGAAUCGUGAGGAGACCCAUCAUUGCGACUUGGAGCUAGAAGACGGAGCGGGGACGUUGUCCCUUCUACUGACCAUCACAGGAACGUCUGGAACGGAGAGCAUCUCAGAUCUCGCAAACUUCAAGCACGAUCCAAAUACGGACAGGAUGCUGUAUAAAAAAUAUGGGAUUCUGAACAGUUUGAAAGACUUGAAGGAUGUCGGCUGGCUUCAGGUCAAAGUUAUUAAAGCACAAGGACUGGCUUCAGCUGACUUGGGAGGCAAGAGCGAUCCAUUUUGUGUGCUGGAGUUAGUCAACAGUAGACUACAGACCCAGACGUUGUACAAGACCCUCAACCCAGAAUGGGGCAAAGUCUUCACAUUCAAUGCCAAGGAUAUCCAUUCCAUACUGGAGGUGACGGUUUACGACGAAGACAAACACGGCAGUCCUGAAUUCCUUGGCAAAGUUGAGAUCCCGCUGUUAAGGGUUAAGAAUGGGGAAAGGAAAUACUACGCCUUGAAGGACAAGAAGAUGAGGCGACGAGCAAAAGGAGCCAUCUUACUGGAGAUGGACUUUGUCUUCAACAGUAUCAAAGCGGCGGUCAGAACAGUCAACCCCAGGGAAGAAAAAUACCUGGAACAGGACGCAAAGUUCAAAGUCUCGGUUCUACAGUAUAACCUGUCCAGAGUGACCAGACUCAUCGGUGUUAUCCUCGACACGACCAAAUUCAUCAACAGCUGCUUUCAGUGGGAGAGCAAAGCACGCAGUACCAUCGCGUUUGCCUCCUAUCUGAUCAUCGUCUGGAACUUUGAGUUAUACAUGGUUCCCGUCUCUAUUCUUCUUCUCUUCGGUUGGAAGUACGUCGAGGUUUGCAUCACCGAGAAAUUCACAAAAGCAGUGGAGGAAGACGAUUAUGUUGAGAGCGAGGAUGAAGAAGAGGCUGAGAAGGAGGAAAAGAAGAAACGCAAGGAGGGCGCCACCAAGAGUUCAUUUAAGGAGAAGCUUCAUACGAUAGAGAAGGUUUGUCAGACGAUACAGAACACGCUGGACGACGUGGCGUGCCUUGGAGAAAGGGUCAAAAAUACUUUCAACUACACCGUGCCCUGGUUGUCCUAUCUGGCUUGCAUCGCCCUCCUAAUCAUUGCCAUCAUCCUGUACCUAAUACCGCUGAGAUUACUGCUACUAGCCUGGGGUAUCAACAAGUUCACCAAGAAGCUUCGGAAGCCUCACGCGAUCCCCAACAAUGAACUCAUGGACUUCCUAUCAAGAAUACCCUCAGACAACCAACUCAAACAUUACCAGGAGUUGAGACCGGAGAAUUUACGGCCAGACUCCCCGAAGAAGAAAAGAUAACAUCUCAUCGUCUCCGAUCACGCGACUGCAGCUGGUAGCGUGCCACUACUACAACACAACGGAACCAAUUCAUUGGUACCCGGCAAGUUGGUUUCCGGAGUACGAUGGAGAGUAUUCGCCGUUAAGUUGAGAAAUCCAAAAUGGAGAUUUUUGUAAAUAAACCAAAUUUUUGUAUAGAUUUUGCUGCUGUUGUAUGGCCUUUCCGUAAACAAUUUUGUUACUAUGGCAACACUGUUGCCUUUUCAGAUUUGAAAUAUUUCACUUUUCUGUGAACGGUUAUUUCUAUUCCAUUAUAUCCCUGAUAAAUUAUUCAAUUUGAAUAUCAAUAAAUAUGUCAGAUUAGUUUUGAAA